UCUAACAUGGAACAAGACAACUCUCCAAACAAGACCAUAGCAAUGAAUCAUAGACGUAGCCGCACCAAAUUCACAGAAGAUCAAUUGAAAAUCCUAAUCAAGGCAUUUGACCAAAAUCCUUAUCCAGGUUAUGCUACCAAACAAAGACUUGCUUUAGAAGUCAAUGCUGAAGAGUCUAGAAUCCAGGUUUGGUUUCAGAAUCGAAGAGCUAGACACCAGUGCCAGAAAAAAUCAGAACCUGAUGAGGACUUAGAAUCAAGCCAAGACCAAGAUUACCCUGAAGAGGAGAUUCCAAGUAGAGAAGACAGACGGUGUCGUACCAGCUAUACCUCCUCACAAUUACACACCCUCAUUGAGGCAUUUACAAACAACCCUUAUCCUGGCAUUGACACCAGAGAGCAACUUGCUAAAGAAAUUGGUAUUCCAGAGUCAAGAGUCCAAAUUUGGUUUCAAAAUCGCAGAUCCAGAUUCCAUGUCCAGAGAAAAAGAGAACCUGAUGAUAAAGACAGAACAGAGACAAGACCAGGAACAGGAUCUCUGGGUUGA